UGGUUUUUGAUAGAACAAAACAGUAACAAAUGGUAAAUUAAAUCAAAAAAUGAUAACAGGUGUUAUGAAUUGAACUCUACUUAAAAGCUCCUCCUGAGAUAAAGAUCAAGAAUUGGUUCAUUUGAUUAAUAAAAACUCCUCUGGACGUGUGUUACCGACGGGGUGGCGCGAAAUAUAAAUACGAUACAAUUUGGGCCAAAAAUCGAACACUGUUGCCUGAAAGGAUGUAAUAACGCUAUUAAAAUUUUCAGUCACAGGUUGUUGACGAUUAAGCAGAAGAAUAGAUGACAGAGGUUGCGUUUAUUUGAAUAACAUCGAUAGCGCGAGAAUUAACCAAUUAAUUAAUUGUCUGUUUUUAUUAGUGCAAAUAAACAUUAGAUAUGAAUGCGUCUGUACAUUAAGUGUUAUAAAUAAAAUGUGUGAUUUUUAUAUUGUCGUUACGAAAAUCAUUGAGUAUUAAUAUCUCUGUGGAUUUUUCCCUGCUCUGAAUUCAGUGCAUGGAACUGAGAAUUCAAACUUUCAGAUCAUUUUUAUGCAGUAGCCUUAGGAAACGUCGCAUCAUGAAUCCACUAAAAAGGGGUUAACAAAGUUUUUCGGCAUUUUUUCAUUAGGCAAAUAUAUUUUUGCUGAACGUUAUACUAGGUCGAACUAACGCGCAACUAACAAACCUCAAGGUGAUGCCGGAUGGUCUGUCUCAUAAAAUCCUUAUCUGUGGAGAUGUCAAAGGGAAAGUCAGUGCACUAUACUCAAGGGUUUCUAAGGUUAUGAACGUCGCUGGACAGUUUGAUAUGAUGUUUUGUUUAGGAGACUUUUUUGGAACUCAAACUGAUGAAAUAAAAAAAUUAAUCGAUGGCAGUUUGGCAGCGUCUCUUCCUACCUAUAUCGUGUCCCCAUAUAGAGAAAUCGCUCGAAAGUUUUGUCAAACGGAAUCUGGUUGUGAGCUUUGCAGUAACGUCACGUAUCUGGGUUCUAAGGGCACAUAUACGGCUAUGAGUGGUUUACGUGUAGUAUACAUGGCUGAGUGGGAACCUAAUUCUGAUAACUGUAAUCUACCAUCCAGUUUACUCAGUGAGGCUCUUGCAGCAGAGGACAGCGGCUUUUUGGGCGUUGAUCUCUUGCUCACUUGUCAGUGGCCGAAACACGUUAAUAAACUAACUCUAUAUGAACUCCCUGACGGUUGUCAGCAAUGUAUUGACUCUUCCUCGAUUUUAAUUUCGCGAUUGGCUUAUCUCACUCGACCAAGGUACCAUUUUUCAUGUGGUAACGGAGUGUAUUACGAAAGGUCACCAUACAGGUAAUACAUGAUUUUCAAGCUUAUUGUGUAUCUUACUCGAUAAUACAACCGAUGAGACUAUAAUUUAUGGACGUACCAAUGAGGUAUAAGAUAACAGGUCUCGGGUUUUAGCGCGAAACUCACUCAAUAAUUCGGCUAAGUAAAGUUUUGGCGUUAUGGAUGAUGCCAGUUCGUAAUGAAAACCUUGAAUCUAAUGCAUAACCUUAAUUGUCAACUAUAAAUCAUAAUUCUGAUUCCUCACACAAGUUUAUAACUCUAAUUUGGUCCUAGUUGGAUCUAGGUGGACACUCUUAAGUUCACUUUAGCGUCACUCAAAGCUCGUCCAUAAAUUAUAGUCCUACCGCAUUACUUCUUUUCCUCUUAACAAGUGAAAAUCUCAAGUGUCUAGACAAAAUGUCCAUAAACUAUCGUUUCUUAGAUUGUUUGGGGAUAUUGUCCAAACGCUGUGUUGGACAAUAAAUGGAACACAGUAUGGCUGGUUUAAUUAUAUGUAGGCGAACCUUAACCGUUGGUGCUACCUUGACGUGGUGGUUGGACUUACCUGUCGUGAUAUAUCGUUCGGGCUGUACUGACUGGAAUAGUCGUUCCUCAAGGUCGGUUAAAGAGCUGUAGGACUAGAAUAACUAAACCCAAGGUCCGAGGGCGAAAUCAUACUGCUGACUGUACAGUGGUGUGAUAGCAGUAAGGUGUUUACUUAGCAUGACAGCAAUACUGUCUUCCCACCAAGUAAGGGUGGGGUUAGAAAAGAUUGACUCUAAAAAUACACACCUCACCGUAUCCCACGGAUAUCCGUCUCUGGCGGUGAGAUCUUAACAAGUAUGGAGCCAGCACUAAAAGAUCGUGUGUGACUGACCUCAAGCAGUUGUCCCUUGGGCACUGCAGUCGCUCUCUAAGGUCACUGAAAUCAACUCUCACUCAAUUUCCUUUUCAGAUACCGCUAGAAGAACCCUUCUACGACGUAAGCAACUAUGAAGUGAAAACCUCCCUCAUACCUUCAAACGCAUUCAAGACCACUGUAUUCAUAAUCAACUUCCCUCUUCAGCUUCUAUUAUUCCUCCUACUCCUAAUAUCAACUCUAAACUUCAUCCGCAAGUGUCACUAUAGCCAACAAUCCUAGCUGUAGACAAACUAGAUAUAGUCCCUAGUUGUUGUUGGGUUCUUACUGUUUUCAAAUAAACAUUUAUUUGAUUCAACUGUAACUUAGAUUCUAGCAAAUCUGCUUGUGAAGUCAUUGUUAGUUGAAUAUAACUUCAUAAAAGGUUGGCAAAACAUCUGUUAUCUUGCAGUAUGUACAAUAAGUAGCUACAUUUGUAGUUACUCAUAAGGCAAAGCUGAACUAUAAGGCCAAAUUGUAGUAACUUUAGAUGGGCUGAACAUACUAACCUUGUUCAUCUUAUCAGAAUACAACAAAUAUAAAUAAAUGAUUUGUAACUCUAGGACUAGAAUUUAGGAUUAGGAUGCUGAGUGUAAGAUUUACGGUGAGAAUAAGGGUGUAAAGUGUAGGAUUAACGGUUGGAGUUAAGACUUAGAUUACUGACAAACCAACUGUAUAACUUAAUCCCUAUUCUGAACCAUAACCUUAAAUCCCGAACCAAAGUAUUAACUAUGAAGUUGAAUUUUAAAGUAUAUAGUGUUGCUUUCGUCAUUAAAAUCGGUCCAAAUAUUUUUUCUGAGUUAAAACAAUAUAAUCAGUGACCGACAAUUCAUCUGUAUGAACCUCUAUUCUAUUCUCGGUAGACGAGAUGCUGUAUUGACACACACCGUCUUGAUGCGAUUUGCACUUUGGUGAUUGGCUCGUCAUCAUAGUGUAGCUUUACUAACCAUUCUGUGGCGUGUAUAUAAAACAAUAGAGUUCUUCGCUUGUUUGGCUUCUUUCUUUUGGGACACAUUGCGACGGUCCCUCUGUAUCCGCUCUGUUUUAUGAGGUUUCAUAACCCGCUUAUUUCACUAGUUUCUUGAAGUUAAGUGGCUUGAUUAGUUCUUAUACAAUCGUUACGGCCUUGUUGUAUUUUCCUCAAGACAGUUCGUUCGCUUCCAGCUUUAAAAUUCUAUUUUUAUGGAGUUUGAUACUUCUAACGUUUUUGUUCCUAUGAUUCGACUGUAGAAAUCACCGUGUUUUACAAGAAAAAGCUUGUCAUACUACACGUUUUAUAUCAUUGGCAGAUGUGAAAAAUGAACGUAACCAGAAGUAUUUAUAUGCUCUCAAGUUAAUCCCGAUUGAUAAAAUGGAUCAUCAGGAUUUAAUAAAUCAACCUCCAGACGUAACAGAAAAUCCAUAUCGCGAAUUUGUUGACCAUAAACAUUCUUUAGAUAGAGAAACAGAGGUACAAACUGAGCAAUACUUUUACAACAUGAAUACCAACGAAAAAUCAGCAAAUCUUACGAAAAAAGGCACUCUUCAAAAGCGCAAAAUAAACACUAAUACAUUGGAAGACACAGAUGACAACAAAAGACAACUUGUUGAUAAAAAUGAUAUCAGUGAGGAAAGUUUUCAAGAGAAAAUCGACAGUAAGUGAGAUUUGUUUUCUAGACACUUAUGUAUGCGUUCUUGACAUAAUACUGACAGAACUUAGUAUCCUUAAUCAGUCACAUUUUUUGUUGUAAUCAUUGGAGAAUAGCAAUUGCUUCACCUGUCUGCAAGAUUCUCAGUGUGAAGGAAUUAGGUAGACUGCUAUUAACACGAUACAUUAUUGCUAAAGAUUGCUCCAUGUUGGCUGUAUGUCCCGUCUGAAUUAAAUGGGUUGAAAUGAGGCUAUUAACCGUUUUGACUAUACUUUUGCUUAACCACACUGGGAGGUGCUCACGAGCCCGAAUGUACACAUUUCUAGAACAUCUACCAACAUAACUUGCUCCACAGGAGUAGCUGGAUACAGAAAGAGGUGGCUCAGUCAGUUAGUCAGUAACAACGUGGAACUCCGUACGUAUGUACAUCAGUUCGAGUUGCCAUACCACAUUAGCACAGAGAUGCAGUUAUCGAUUCAAUUCCCGUAGUGGUAGAGGUAGUAAGAAUAUAAGCAGUAAUAGGAAAGAUUAGGGUUUGAAGAUGUUAUUCAAGGAGUGUAGUACAGUGAAAUAAAUUCAGAAAGAAAAUAAAGGACAUGAAGAAUUCAGAAGAUUAGAAUUUGGGAGAACACAAUGUAUGGAUGAACCUGUGCCAUUGCAAACGGUUUUGAGCCAUGUCAUUCAGGGUCUCUAACCAUCGGCUGCCAAUUGUCUCGCGGAUCCCAACCAGGUACUCUACACCUACCAACAUGGCUCAGUCCACUUCAUGGAUUUGUGCCAUGUUCGGGUCUGGCCGCCCUUAGCUUUCUUCGAAAUUACUCCUACACCAUAAAACAUCGCACAUCGGGGCAGUCGAUGGUUGGGUAUACGUAACACUUGUCCCAGCCAUCUCAACUGAUGAAGUUUCACUAAUUCAUCAAUUGAUUUGUCAUCCUUACCUAGUACCCAUUUCCUAACAACUGAGUUACCUACUCGGUGGUCACAGGAUUUAUGAGCAAUGUUUCGAAGACAUCUGCGAUCGAAUACUAGUAACUUACGAAUAUCCUCUACUAUGACCGGCCAUGUUUCACAGCCAUAAAGCAGGACGGAACGAACUGCUGCACAGUAAACCCGUCCUUUGAUUGGUAGACGGAUAUCUCUCCUACGCCAUAAAUGAUGCAGGUUGGUAAAAGCUAGUCGAGCCUUCUGUAUCCGUGCUGAGAUUUCGUCACACACCAGAUCACAAGGGCUGGUGAGACUUCCAAGAUAAGUGAAUCGGUCAACACGCUCAACUACUUCACUCCCUAUCAUUAGUUCGGGUGUCGAUGCAACCCAAUCCUGAAGUAACAUUUUGCAUUUCGACGGGGAGAAUCGCAUUAAAAGUACUUUGAAUUGAUCUGUUUAACUUCAGUCUUAACAUUACGCUCAGUGCAUCGCUUCUGAAUUGUAAGCGUAUAUACAGAGGCUUUUUAUUCACCGUUAGGUAUUCCCUAUGUUCUCUUUUAUUGGCUAUGUUUUUAUUUAUAAAUUAAUCAGGAUAUUCAUUUUCUUUCAUGGUUGUGUAUAAUGUCCCUGUUUAAUCUUCGACCGUAUAUAGUGAGCAUAUGGUCUGGAUUCUAUGGUGCAGUGUCUUAAUAAGGUUUCUUUUGUAUUGCAGAGGAACAAAACGAAGAAGGUUUGUAUAUUGGCGCGUCCAAGUAGUUUUCUUGUUUAUGUUUCUUCUUAGUGACCCGUCUUUUCUCCUUGAAAGUAGAACAUCUAGAAAGGCUAUCCUACUCCCAUUUUCCUUCUCACAUGUGAAUUUUAUUAUUUUUCAGAAUAUCAUUGCUGAUGUUUUAUUUUUUGUUACAGAAAACAGAAAUCAUGCAGCUUGUUGGUUUUGUUUAGGUAAUCCACAAGUGAAAAAACAUUUAAUUGUUAGUAUUGGUACUCAAGCUUAUGUAGCAUUACCACGUGGUCCUAUUGUACCUGACCAUGCAUUAAUUUUGACUAUUGGUCAUCAUCAAAGCUGGAUUUCUUGUCCAGAAUAUGUUCGUUCGGAAAUUGAAGAAUAUAAAUCCCGGUUAAAACGUAUGUAUGCUGCACAAGAUAAAGCGAUGGUAACAUUUGAACGAAAUUUGAAAACCCAACAUUAUCAACUUCAAGUGAGUAUGAAAAAAUGGGGUCUGUGUAUCCAUUUACUGGCUUUUGUUUCUUAAACCUGAUUUUCACCUGAACAAUUAGUUGUCAGGUUUUAAAUGUAAGUUUUUGGACGGCAACUCAGACACAACGCUUCUAUUUGGGAGAGCUUGAGGUCCUGGUCUCGAUCGUCGGUGGGUUCGUGUUAACUAUUAUUUUGAGGUCGUGUACAAAGAGGAAACGGUUAUUUAGUUCUCCCUAUUUUCCAAUAAUUGUCCAACUGAAAUCAGUUUGUGAUUUAAAUCGUUUUAAAAAAGUUGAUUUUUAAUCAAUUUACGUUGUUAUCUGAGCUGUAGUUUCGAUCUCAGUAAAUCAGUUUAAAUCUUUGUACCUUUAAUAAUAAGAACACUCUAGUUAUAGUUUUAACCUCAGUUAUUUCGCAUCAUUGAUGUUUAACAUUUUCUGUGCACAUGUUUUACUUUGAUGUUUUUAACAAUCGUAUACGUCUUUGUUUAUGGUUUUAUUUAUUCACUGAAGGUUGUUCCUGUACCAUUUUCAGUUGCAGCGGAGGUGAAACAGGUAUUUCUCGAGCUAUCUGCCAAUACUGAUUUUAGUCCAUGCGAACUGAAACCAGUUCCUCGACGGACAGAAUUAGAUGAAGUAUGUUUUGUAAAUUUUCGUGGUUUAACUUUAAAAUUAUUUUCAAAAAAAUGUAUACAGUAUAAAUUGAAGGUUAGCUUUAAAACUAGGAAUUAGUUCUUUUUGAAACCACUCCUCGAUCAUAACUUACAAGGUUCAUAAAUGGUAAAUAGAAAUUCAGAAAGGUUCAAAAGAUAAUCGCUAGAGUAAAAAACGUUAAUAUCUUUGCCCCCAAAUGCCUUGGUACGGCCGAGAGUGGGGAGAGUCCGCUCUCCCUCUCCAAAUGCUCUCACAUGGCCACGCGUAUAUAGCCUCUGCCAGGGAAGUCCUGCUCACUGCCUUCUCGUGACGGGGGUGUUGUUUACGAAAGUGAGAGAACGAAAAGAGAAUGUCCGGCGCCUUAACCGGAUCCCAAACCAAUGGUGCACAUGGGCUCCAGUAUCCUGCGGGAACAAAUGGCGUAUGAACCAAUUGUUGGUCGCCGGCCUCCAUGGGACUGCAUCUCCUCACGAUGUUCCACUGCCUUGUGGAUCAGACCUUCAGGUCGAAGGCUCGGGGAGUGGCCCCCUAAUAUAACCACCUGGUUCGGUUUGGGCACCCGAGCAGUAUCACAGUCCUCACACAAAUCUCAUUAGAUUUGUGUGGCGCAUAUGUAUUUGGUGCCUCUUCGUACCAAUAUCUAUGUGUUGAAAUAAAUAAAUAAAUCACUCAUCAGCAUGAUAGUACUAGAAAUUUUGAUUUGUUGGCAUUUUUAUUCGCAUAUUGAACAACAGGAAUGACUUACUUCUAUUCUCAAACUCCAGGUUAUUCUCAGUUUGAACUAAUUUUUUUAGUUGUUGUUACUAUCGUUCACAUAAUCACAUUCUUUUCUUUUCUCCUAGUUCAUCUCUUUCGUUAUUUAUUGCUAGUCCCUUUUCGUUUUCGGAUUCUACAAUUUGUCCGAAAAUUUCAUUAGAUUUCAUUUCUUUUAUAUAUUCAGUAACUACCGUUAUAUAUGUUUGUAUAAUGCAAACUCUCCCAUUUAUUACUGUUUAAUAUAGAUUUGUAGGGUUGGAAUUCCCUACUUUUUUGUUGAACUCCCUACUGGUGAGAAACUUUUUGGACGAAUUCCAAAAGAUCGUAUUUCCAGUGCGAACUUACAAUUUGGUCGGUAUGUUCAUUGUAUUACUGCUAAUUAAUUUGAAUCAAAAAAGCUUUUGUCAUAAGUUUACUGGGUGUACACAGCAUAUGACCUAAUACGAACGGGUUACCGGUCGAAGUUAUCAUAUCUCAUCUAAGUGCAAGAGUAAGGUAAAUUAAUAACAUAAGAAAUCGAGGAGUCAGAACAAUAGUACUGAUGUCAGUUACAGUAAUAUGAUAUAUAGGAUGACACUAAGGGCAAUAUUUAGGGGAGUGAAUUGAACUAAUAUCGCUUUUGAGCUUUAUCACCCAAAGCUUAGACUAGCCAUAAGUGGUUUCACGGACUGAUGUUGCGUAUUAGUUUGAUCUCCACUAGUCUUCUAAUACAUUUUUAUGCCAGUCAGCAUCACAUGCUUUAGUGAACUGUUACUAUGUACGUGUAUUACACCCCAUAAUCGCUCCUGUUUCAGAGGUUUUUCGGCCUCACCAAUUAAUUCCCCACUUUUAUUUAAGUCUUGCAUUUAACCUCGACAUCAUUUUUACCAUUUCCGAGCGAUGCUUUGUCAACCCGUAUGGUCAGCUACUCAGGACAUGUACCUGUUCUCCACUCUCAGGGACUACAUUUCACAAAAUUAUGGUAGUACAGUUGGAACAGUUUCCUAGUAGACUCGCUGUGAUGUUCAGGUAAACACCUCACCUACCCUGUAGACAAUGCAUAUCGUGGGAGCUUUUUGACUGCAACCACAAAUUCUGGGCUAUCAGGACUUCCAAAAUGAAUGGUGUGGUCAAUGCUUUAAACUGCUUAGACUAGACAUCGACUAAAACCGCUAGUAGAGUAAAUUUCGUAUUUAGAAAGAGACAAAGUCACUUCUCUCAUUCCUCGAUAGUUACCCAUGGCAUUCAGAAUAUCUCAUUAUAUCAAGAAUUUCACCAGACAAAACUGUUUUAUCUGCUUACUUUAGGUUAAUAGGUAAAAAUUCACAUAGGUUAGCUUCCUGAAAGUCAAAGAAAAGAUGUUAUCAUAAGAAGACAUUUGUUUAACAAAUCUAAGCAGAAACGAAUGUGGAUUUCCUCGAGAAACAUCGCUUGACUCAGCUAAUCACCAUGACAGUUUUCCAUAAGUUCCGUCUCGAUCAAUGAUGUUAAAAUGCACGAGCCUUAGAGGGUUGACUUCUUUCUUUGGGAGGCCUGUCGUCGGCAGAUACUUCCAUAAGAUCUGUCGUUAGGUUAAAUCGAUUACCACUCUCAUGUCGAGUUUUUGUAUAAACUUUUGUCCCGAAACCUGUUAAAGGGUGAAUCUUUCAUCUACAAGAUUUCAUUAUUAUUAGGAGAUUAUUGUAGGUUUCGUGGUGGUUAUCGUCUAAUUUGAAUGGGACUCGUUCAGUGAUCGUGAUCCACAGUUUAAAUACCACAUAUAAAUUUACAUGAUUACCGGAUUUCAAGUAUGUCAGUAUAUAUAGUAAGUCUUCAUCGGGACAUGUUUUAUGUAUACCCAACCUCCUUCGGCUUGGGCACCCGGGCAGUAUCACAGUCCUCACACAUAUCAAAUGACGUCUGUGUGAUGCAUAUGUAUUUGGUGCCUCCUAGUACCAAUAUCUAUGUGUUAAAAUAAAUAGAUAAAUAAAUAAUCCAACCACUGCCUACCUCGACAGCCAAUGUUGUCUGGUGUAGGAGUAGGCUGGAAGAAAACUAGAGGUGACCAAACCAAAACAUGGCAUAAUUCUACGAAAUCAUUGACUAUUGAACUGAGCCAUAGGUGUAGACUACCUGUUUGGGGUCUACAUGAUAAUAACCAAUAUCUGGAGAUUCUGAAUGACAUGGCUCAGAAUCGUUUGCGACGGCUCAGGUAUAUCCAUUCUUUGUCUCCCCUUCAAAUUCCAAGCUUCUGAAUUCAUCAUUGUUUUUGCUUCACCAAUCCGUAUUUCCUUCUCGAGUCGUUUCUUCGAUGUUUAAUCUUUUGUACUACCACUGCUACUGUGACUACUUCUAGUGCUUUCGAAUUUCGCCCGGCAAUUUCAUCUCUGUGCUAAUGAUGUAUAGCAACUUGCAGAACCGAUAUACAUACGUAACAGGUUCCAUGUUGUGACUGACUGAUUAAUAUAGUACUGCAGACUUUUGCUUUAGUUCAGUGAGUUAUGAUUCUGUAACCUGUUCCACCUAACGGUGUAUAAGAGUAAUUAAGUGUACAUAAAAUGUCAGGAGAGCGGACGCGUAAUUUUCAUAAUUUUCGAUUUUCAACUGGUGUUGUGUUGGAAGUUCGUGUCCUAUUCACUUUUGUUUGAACAGUCGGGUUGUAUCACUGAUUUUAAUGUAAAGAGAAAACGGCUCAAAACUACCCACUGUAAAUGAAUAACGUUGCCAUAACUAUCACUACAAAACAUCAAACAAUAUGCGCUGUCCAUAAUCCAGUUCAUUGAUCUCUGUACAAUUAGUUGAUCACCGAGUUAUGACUAAUGACUUGUUUGUCUAAUCUUUUUUAGUGCUAAUUGAAUUCUAUCAAUCAAGUUACUACGUAACCACUAGUCUAAGUAGCUCAACAUUACAUGCACUAUUUUGAGAUGUUAGGUAGUUGGAAUAGUCAGUAGGAAACUCUAUAUCUAGGUUCCAUCUUGUUUGACACUCAUCAGCAAGGUGCUUGUGUAAACGUCAGUCGUAGCCUGAACAACUUAGCAGUAACGUUUCAGACAGUGUAAGUCUGAGUGGCACGGGUUCGAAGUGCACAAAACGAACAAAAAUUUCUUCAAGUUUGCAGGUGCACUUUGCUAAUGAGUACCAGCUAUCAUAAAAUUUAGGUCUAGGGUUCCCUGUUGACUAACUCUUAUUACUUAACACAUUAAUUUGUAGAUUUUUAAUCAACUGAAUUCUUUAUUCAUCUAAUACAUUUUUUACUAUAUUUACAACUAAUAUGUUAUUGUCCCUUUCUUACAUUCUUUCUACUAUUUCUACUAUUUACAGUAUUGUUCUAACAGAUCCACGUAUUUUAAAUUGUCCAGAAAAAGCCGACUGGCAUGAUUGUAUAGAUGAGGAAGAUGAAGAAACUGAUUUAGCUAAACAUUUCCGAAAAAUGUUUUCACCAUUUGAUGUCAAUGAUGAUGAUAAUGAUAUUGAAUAAACAGAGCCAAUUUUUAAAGAAAAUCUUUUUUCCAACAGCAUUUUGUUUUAUUUUUUUAAAAAAAGAACGAAUUAUUCAUUCUCUAAACUACCAUCUUCAUAUGUCUUUAACAAAUUCUAUUUUCUUGUAGUAAAUAACGAAAUAAGAAUGUAAAUUGUACAGAUUCAAUUUUCUUUUUUAGACAAUACUACUAUUGAAUUAUUUUUUCGUGGUUAGUGUUUUUCUAACGAGUUAGUUUCCUACAGGAUGGGGUCGCUAACCCUAUGCCCAAAUGUUAUAACUUGUGGCAUGAGUGCCCCAUUAAUGUAUACAUAAUGAUACCUCUAAUUAGGGAGCAGUGAAUUAUCAAUCGGACCAAUGACACAAAACACGUACGAGCAGUCUAGAGUUCUUAUUGGUCCUGCUUCCUGCCUAGCCCAACUAGUUAAGUCCAGAACACCAAUCUCAGCCUCUGUAAUAUGAAUCAUUUAUUUCAAACAUACUGAGUUUAUAUACCAAUCAAACAGACCACAACGUAGUAUAAAAUAGAAAAUAACAUUUGUACAAAAUUUGGCCAAAUGUGGCUGUGAAUGUGAGAGACUGUAAUUAGUAAACUGGAAAUAACUUAAGAAUGGUA